AUGAACUUCAGACUCUCAUCUCUGAUCCUGCUGUUACACAUUCAAGUGUCGCUAACAUUGGACAGCAUCCCUGUGACCUGUGAUGAACAGAAUGUUUGUGCUGUGAGAGGGACACAGGUGACACUGUGGUGCUCUUACUCAGACAUUAACAUCAAAACUGGAUUCUGGUUCAGUCAGAAACAGAGAACAAACUGGAGAAAUAAAGAUGAACCUGAAGAUUUGACUUUAGAUUCAGAUUACUCAGGACGAGUGAAACAGUGGAUCACAAACAAUGAAUCAGGACUCACAAUAUCAGAUCUGCGAGAGAGAGACAGUGGAGAAUAUCAGCUCAUGUUCAUUAUGAAGGAUGGAGUUAAACAUCUCAGCUCAGUCACAGUCAAUCUAACAGUCACAGUUUUACAGGUGAUGAUGAAUCCUGAAUCUACAGAUGGACGAGUAAAACUGAUCUGUGAUUCUUCCUGCAAUCUGACAUCUACAAAUUACUACUGGUACAAGAAUGGAGAAUGUUUAAAAAAUAAGAAAUCAAAAUCCUUAUUUGUGUCAUCUAGUGGAAACACUGACAGCUAUUCCUGCUAUGUUUAUAACAAUCAGUCCUCUUCUGUGUGUCUUUCUAAAAGUGGCUGUUGGGAUGUGACUUACACCUCUACAAGAGUUUGUGCUUUAGUGGGAUCAACAGUAGAUAUUCACUCUUCAUACUCACAUCCCACUGGAGAUACAGUAGUGAAAACAUCCUGGUAUUUAGGGUACAUUCGGGAUCUACUUGAGGAUAAUCGGUUUGCUAGUCGUGUGCAGUUUGUGGGAAACACACUGAGAAUCAAAGGCGUCAACACAAGUGACUCUGGUCAAUAUCUAUUCAGGAUCAUCACAUCUGAUGAAUGUUCUGGUUAUCCUGGAGUCUUUCUUACUGUUACAGGUACACAGGUGAAAAGCAGCCCGAACCCUGUGAUAGAUGGAGAAAAAGUGAUAUUAAGCUGUUCAACUGAAUGCACUCUUGAUAGGAAACAUACUUACAUCUGGUAUAAGAAUGGACAACAGGUAACAGAUGGAUUGAGAUUAUUAAACAAGCUGUACCUGAACUCAAUCAACAGUGAGGAGCUACAAGAGUAUUCAUGUACUGUAAGAGAAGAAGCAAUGCAUAUCUCAGUGUUUGGUCAUCUCACAGUCUGUCUGCUGGUGUUUCUGCCUCAGUUUCUCAUUUUAGGAGCUCUGUGGAUGUGGUUUUUCAUCAGCAUGAAGAAAUUAAAAUCUAAAAACAGAACUGAUGACAAACAUGAAGAGACUCAAGUGGUGCACAUCUGGUCUGUGAGUAGAUCAGCUGAACUUCUGAAGUGAUGUCACAACUCUAUGACAUCAUCACCUACAGUAGUAGUCUCUCAGCAGCAACAUUUUUGAUCCAGUGAUGUCACAUACAGUGACAUAUUAAUAUUAGGAUAUAGUGCAAAAAUUAUAAUGCUCAAAUACAUUAAUUAUUCAUUGAACUAUUCAUUUAUGCAAUAAAUAAAUAAUCUUAUUCUAUUUUUUUAGUUUAUACACAAAUCUCAUUGUUUAUUACAUUUGUCAAUGUCAGCUCUUGCUGCCAUGUUGCCAAAGUUAUUGUAAAUAACUAUUUAAAAAAAAUAAUUGUCAAAGUUGUACGUUUUGAAUAAAGAGUACCCUCCCUGUGACAGCUUAUGUUUCUUUUUUUUUUGAGUACGAGUUAUUUC